CUGCGGUCCGGGCGCGGGGGCAGGAGCGGGCCGGACUGGGGGCCACUCAGACACAAAGGACGGACCCGGGGGGGACAGGAAUGCUGUCUGCUAUGGGAAUCCUGGGGGCUGUCUGCGGGGGGUCCCUGAGGUGAUGAGGUUGUGGGUUGGGAGAGCCCUUGGGUUGGGAUGGGAGAAGCUUGGGCUCAAGGGCUGGAGGGGUGGAAUCCUUGCGGAAGGGCUCCCUGAGGGGCUGGGACCUCAGGCCGGGACCCAUUUCCUUAACAUAAUGGCCCUUAACCCUGGUGGCGUAGUAGACCCACUUGGGGAGCUUUAAAAGAAGACUGACGCUGGGCCCCAUCCCUGAAAAUUCCGAUUAAUUGGUCAGGAGUGAGGUCCGGGCCUCGGUAUCUGAGCAACUCCGCAGGUGAUAUUAAUGUACAGACGGGCUGGAGAACCAUACGUUUCAGCGCGAGUUAUUGAGUGAAGAGCUCCUGGGUUAGCCCCAGAGUCCUCAGAGGCUUGGGAGGGGCGGGUGGUCCCAGGGUGAAGUCGCUGACCCUCCAGUGCUGUGGGGGAGGGAGAAGGGGAAGGUCCCUCCCCCAAUAAGGGGAAAGUUCAUUUCCAGCGGGAGGAGGAUUGGCCUAUUAGUGUUUGGAAUGGAGAGUGCCACCUCCCCCCCACACACACACCCCUCGCCAGGAGAGGCCUGCCUGCCAGGCCUGGGCCCUGCUGUGGGGAGGGAGACUGGUCAGGGAGAGGGGCGAGGCGGGUGCGGAACAGGAAAGGCAGCAGACAAUUCAGAGGUCAGCUGCUGGUUGAGAAAAGGACACACCUAAUAUUUGUGCAGAGUGUUACACCUUUCAAUUUCAUUUGAUACUCCUGAGGACAGGUAGAGAGUGAAUUGUUUUCUCCGGCUUCACAGAUGGAGGAAUAAACUCAGCUAGUUAUGAUAAUGUUCAGACUUGACUCAGGGCUCCCAACUCCAAAUUAUGCUUAUUAGUAGCUUGUUCUUUCUGCACUAAACUGCUUCACAUACAGUCACUAGUCCUUUUGAAGGGAAUCAACACCCACCCUCCUGAAGCCCCUCACUCUAGGGGCCCAGUCUGGCAUUCUUGGUUUCCUCCACCAAAUCCACCAGCCCCCAGCCACUAUAGGUUGGUUCAGAAAUCAGGGGGAUGUUACUGUUUCCAUCUUUUCUAGUUCUUUAUCUUCCAGAAUCCUGAUUGGUCAAGAGGUGAGUUUUUAUGCCAGGGGAUUCCUUCCACACAGAUCUGGUUCUGUCACCUCAUCAACCCCUCAGUGACCCCCAACCCAGUGUCCUCAGGAUAGAAUCUUGUGUGAUUUACAAAACCCUUCCUGUUCUGGUGUCUUUCUACCUCCUUGCCCUGAGCUCUCUUUCCAUAUUGUAUCUGCUUUCCUUAGCACACGGUACAAACUUAAUAAAUGUGACUUUUUGUUACCACUCUUCCUCUUUGUGCACCUGUUGCCUUGCUGUACAUGUUUUAUUAGGCAGGGCACGUCAAGGUUCCCCUGUUUGCCUCUUUCUGACUCCCACAGCCAAGCAGAGCUGAGGGGCACAGUGGGAUUUGGGGGUGGCAAUCUUAGGGCUGCUCCUUUUCCCUAGUUCUGGGGAUACCCAUAUUGGCCUUUUAGGGGCAACUUGACUCAGCAGGCAUUCAUUGAGCACCUGUGGUGUGGUGAAGGAGCCUGUUGGAAGCAGGGAGUAGAAAACUCGGGUCUGACGUGGUCCUGCUCUUACAGAGCUUGGGUGCUGGAGGAGAGUAAGGGAGGCAUUUGGAUCCCGAUAAAGGAACCAAGGGACCUGAAAAGGGAGAAAAUACCUGACUAGGUGUACUCAGGAAGGCUUAUGUCACUGAACUGGGCCUUGAAUCAAUGGGAUUGAUAAGAUGGUGGUGGGGUUGGGCAUAGUGACAUGAGAAAUGCUGAGAGUUUUUAGUCAAAAACACCAGUUUUGAAUCUUUGCUCCAGUCCCUAAUAGCUCUGUGAUUUAUUUAACCUUCAGAUCCUUGGUUUCUUCGUUUAUAAAAUGAGGUGGAAAUAGUAACAAGAGUUGUAAGGAUUCUUGAUGAUGGAUGUAAAAGCCAGACAUACCCAGAUGCCUGAGAAAUGAUAUGUAGUUACAUCUAGAGUAUUUUAGGUGGAAGGAACAGUAUGAACAGAGGUGUGGAGGUGGCAUUUAAAAGAGAAUUUGAGGGAUAUCAGGAUAUACCAGGCAGCAAGAGGCGUCAGUGUUGGGUACUGGAAAGACCACUUCAAUCAUGGAUUUGACAGAAGGGGACAUUGACUGAAACCCUUUAAAGAUCAUGAGACCGAACUUCAGAGACAUGAAAAAGAGUAACAGCAGCUACUGUUUAUUGAGGAUCUCCUGUGUGCCAGGCACUGUGCUUGGUGCUUUAUGUACCUUUUGUGUUUCAGCCCUGCAGCAAUCCAAGAGGUUGGCAUCAUCCCCAUUUUAUAGAUGAGGAGACCAAGGCGCAGGGAGAAGGAAAGGCUGGCGAAAAGCCACAAAACUGGGACCAUCCCAGAGCAAGGGCAGGGUGGGCUCCAGGGACCUCCAACAGGCUCUCCUGCCAGGUGCCAAGGUGGGGGUGGAGUUGGCUGGAUGACAGGGUAGUUCACCUGGGUUAUGCAACUAGGUUGGUGUGGGUUCCAAGCUGUUCCUCCCCUGGAGAGGCAGGGUUGCUAUUUUCUCCUGGGGUGUAUUGAGAGUGGGAGGGAGAGUAGGGGGAGGCAUUUCCUGAGGGAGGAGCAGAAUCUGGAAGAGAAAGGGCUGCAGUGACCCUGCACCUCCUCCCCCAUUCCCCUCUCCUGGGCACAGGCUUACCUGGACAGGUCGCUCUGCCUCCGACUCUGGCUUGUGAUGGGGGCUUGUAUCUGGCUCUCCUGAACGGUGCAUGUGUUCCUGCCACUUGUAGACUCUCCUCUUUUGACUUAGUCUCGUGUGCCCUGCCUUGUCUCUCAAAUUCCCUUACCGUGGGAAGGGGCCAGAUUACCAGGAUAGUCCCCUGCUCCUACUUGGAUCUUUUAUGAAUAAGCCCAAGAAAAAUCUGGUUUCUGAACAUCUUCAUGUAACAAUGCUCUGGACUCCUGGGAAUUAGUAUAGUCCUCCCUGCAUUCCUUUAAAGGAUAGGCAUUAUUAUUCCCAUUCUACAGGUGAGGAAACCAAGGCUCAGCCAGGUUAAUUGGCUUGCCUGAGGUUACAUUCUUAGCAGGGAAUGCAGGUGGAAUUUAAACCCAGCCUCUCCUCACGGCAGAAGUCAUGCCCUUCCCACGUCACCACCGUCACCACCAUCUGAGGAUUUCUGCUAUUUCUCCAGCACCGGUGCAGGGAGCCAGCUGGUGGAGGCUGGGGACUUGCCUGCAGGGCUCACCUUCCAGCAACCAGGGUGGGUCACUGGACAUCUGCGUGGGGGCCUGGAAGGCUUCACUCCCUUUGAACAAAGGCUUUAGAGGGACAAGAAUGGCCAGACUGCUCUUGGACAUGAGCGCUCCUCGGUGCUCCUGGGGGUGAUGCUGAGCUGGCAGCCAUGGGGCUGGGCAGGCUCCAGGCCUGGAUGCUGGGCCUUCCUACGGCUGUGGUCUAUGGCUCCCUGGCCCUCUUCAUCUCUAUCCUGCACAAUGUGUUCCUGCUUUACUAUGUGGACACCUUUGUCUCAGUGUACAAGAUCAACAAAGCUGCCUUCUGGGUUGGAGAGACGGUGUUUCUCCUCUGGAACAGCCUCAACGACCCCCUCUUCGGCUGGCUGAGUGACCGUCAGUUCCUCAGCUCCCAGCCCUGGUCGGGCGCCAGGCUCUCCUCGAGGGCCGUGGUGCUGGCACGGGUGCGGGCCCUGGGCUGGCAUGGGCCACUGCUGGCGCUGUCAUUCCUGGCAUUCUGGGUGCCCUGGGCCCCAGCUGGCCUGCAGUUCUUGCUGUGUCUCUGCCUCUAUGAUGGCUUCCUGACGCUCGUGGACCUGCACCAUCAUGCCUUGCUGGCUGAUCUGGCCCUGUCUGCCCACGACCGUACCCACCUCAACUUCUACUGCUCCCUCUUCAGUGCGGCUGGCUCCCUCUCUGUCUUUGCCUCCUAUGCCUUCUGGAACAAGGAAGACUUCUCUUCCUUCCGCGCCUUCUGCGUGGCACUGGCCACUGGCUCUGGGCUGGGCUUUGUGGGGGCCACACGGCUGCUUAGGCGGCAGGUUGAGGCAGCUGGCAGGGGGCCAGAGUGCCCAGCCCUGGCUGAGGAUGGCGGCCUGUGCGGAGAGGAGCUGCUUAUGGGCUGCCAGGACGCGGGCGGCAUCACUUUGGGCCAGUACCUCCGGCAGCUGGCACGCCACCGGAACUUCCUGUGGUUCGUGGGCAUGGACCUGGUGCAGGUCUUUCACUGCCAUUUCAACAGCAACUUCUUCCCCCUCUUCCUGGAGCAUCUGUUGUCGGACCACAUCUCCCUCUCCAUGGGCUCCUUCCUGUUGGGCGUCUCCUAUGUGGCCCCCCACCUCAACAACCUCUACUUCCUGCCCUUGUGCCGGCGCUGGGGCGUCUACGCCGUGGUGCGGGGGCUCUUCCUGCUCAAGCUGGGCCUGAGCCUGCUCAUGCUGUUGGCCGGCCCCGACCGCCCCGGCCUCCUCUGCCUCUUCAUCGCCAGCAACCGCGUCUUCACGGAGGGCACCUGUAAGCUGUUGACUUUGGUGGUCAGUGACCUAGUGGACGAAGACCUGGUGCUGAACCACCGCAAGCAGGCGGCCUCAGCUCUUCUCUUCGGCAUGGUGGCCCUGGUGACCAAGCCGGGCCAGACCUUCGCCCCCCUGCUGGGCACCUGGCUGCUGUGCUUCUACACAGGUCAUGAUCUCUUCCAGCAGCCCCCACUGACGCCUGUGGGGAGUGCCCAGCCCUGGCCAGAGCCCCCGGCCCCGGCCCCAGCCCAGGCCCCGACACUCCGCCAGGGCUGCUUCUACCUGCUGGUGCUGGUGCCCAUCACCUGUGCUUUGCUGCAGCUGUUCACUUGGUCCCAGUUCACGCUGCAUGGGAGACGCCUGCACAUGGUCAAAGCCCAGCGCCAGAACUUAUCACGGGCCCAAACCCUGGAUGUUAAGAUGGUGUGAGAGGCAGGCACAGCAAGGCCACCCUGCUGAGGACACUGUCGCAGCCCUGGGCAGGAACCACUUUUGCCAGCCCCUCAUCCUGCUCCUCUGCCUCCCUGGGGCACAGCCUGGAGGACAGGGGGCAAAGCGGGGGCUUCUGGGGCUGAGCCUGGAGCAUCACUGAGGUCUAAGUUCCGGCUUGGCUGUCUGGCCCAGCUUGGACAAGGGCUGGGCUGUAUGUGCUCAGGGACCUGCUUCCUCCCCGUGGGGCAGGAGGAAAAAGAGGACCAAGAAGAGACAGGGCUACCCUGUGAUCACAUGGGGUUGCUGCAGGGCAUGGAGGCCUGUCCCACCACCUGGCUGGGGCUGGUGCUCUGUGUGGGCUCAGAAGCCACUUUCACCCACUGAGGGGAAGCUGUGAGUCCCACCGCCCCCUCCCUCCACCUUUCCAGUGGUUUCUCUGACCUCUCUGCUUCAGCUGUGCCUGAAGUAUUGUGCCCCAGCUGCUGCAGGGCUCCCCCACCCCCACCUGACCUCUCAAAGAGGUUCAUGUCAUCAUAGACUGAUUAAAGUCAGUCAUUUC